AUGUCUGCAUCUCAGGGUCAAUCACUAGAUGUAAAGGCCCCCAAGGACCCAAUGGUACGUUUCCAGAGCUACCUGCAUGGGGGAACAUCCAGCCUGUUGUCAGCACUCCCCACCCUCGUCGUGUUCCCUGUUUACAAGAUUGUAUUCCGUCAACAAAUCCACAAUACUCCAGUGCAUCGAGCAGUUGGGCAGCUUUAUAAAGAAGGUCUUCUGAAGCUGUACAGGGGUGUGGCGCCUCCAUUAGUGAUGCGAACUCUCAAUGGCACCCUCCUCUUCGGGCUUCAGGACACUCUUCUUCACAGUCUUUCCUGGACGUCCUCUGCACACAUCCCUGCCUCUGCUCUGCCGGCACUGGCUGGGCUCGGUGCUGGUGUUGUUGAAGCCCUGGUCUUCACUCCCUUUGAGCGUGUCCAGAAUGUGUUACAGAACAGUCAGAAUUAUUCUCGUCUGCCCACGCUGAAGAGCAUACUUGUCAGGUUGAAGUCUGAGAGGCAGGCAUCAGGGUUCUACAGAGGCUUUGUGCCAAUCACUGCUCGAAAUGCUUUGGGGAGCGCUCUCUACUUUGGCCUCAAAGGACCUGUGUGUGCAGCUGUCUCUGGAGGAGGUUUGUCUCCACUUCUAGCUUCUUUUGUUUCAGGGACUCUAACAUCCAUGGCCAUCAGUCUGAGCCUAUAUCCACUGUCUGUGCUGGUGGCCAACAUGCAGGCUCAGGUGGGGAGGGACCUCAGGGGGGUCUGGGGUUGCUGGAAAGAGCUGAUGGAGUCCAGACAGAGGAGCAUAGUCCUGCUGUACCGAGGUGAUAGACUCAGAGCCGGAGCCAGGUCUGGACUUGCAGCUCAGGGUGUGCUUCUGUAUAAAAGCAGAGAUCUGCACACACACACUGCACACGGACGCUCUGCUCUGACCAGCACACUUCUGCACACUGCAAAUCACAGAAACUCUUCAGGUAUGGAUAGCAACCCCGUAAAUGCAGAGGUAGAAUCCUUUAACAGGAGAAGUCUGCGGAAAACGAGCACAAGUGAGAAGAUCGUUCUUCCAACUAAGGAGGAUAUCGAACGGGAAAAGAAAGAGGAGAAGACAAAAAAAUAA